GAUCAUAUUCAGUGCAGGUCUGGUCGUGUCGCGGCAUAUAGUUGAAUGUUUACACGUUCAGUAACCGGCAUUACAUCUUUUGUUCUACGUCUUACUAAACUUAAAUAACUUACACUCGUAAUAAUUAAUAAAUUAACAAUGAGUGUUCGUUCACCAAAUAAAUUAUUGCACAAGCCACUGAAUCAUCCUCAAGUGAAACUAAAAAACCUCAAGUGCGUUCAUUGCAACACAAAUUUUUUUGUCCGAGAUUUGAAUUCCAUAAGAGGAUCGCAGAGUCCAGUUUUGUUGGGAUGCGGGCACACAAUAUGCGCCCAUUGUUCGAGAGAAAAAAAAUCAUGUCCGUCUUGUCAACCUUCUGAUGAAUCUACCGCCAAGCAGGCCGGCGAUGAUCUUUCUGGUGAUAGCCCGCAAUUUCCCUUGAACAUCUACGUCAUGGGCAUGAUGGCUGUUAACAAAUCGAGACCUGUUGCGGCCAAGCACAGUAACAGUCCAGAUUUUUCAUUCAAAAAAUCAUUCAAAGCCCAAGUCAAUGAUGCCAGCAAUCCAGAUCGUUGUCAUGAAUGCAAUGACGUCGCUUCGUCCAAAUGCCUGGGAUGUUUUAAUGCAUUUUUUUGCUGCAAUUGUUUUACUCAGGUGCACCGACAUAAGAUAAAUCAAAGUCAUACAAAAGUUAUGAUCGAUGGAUCAAAAAUAAAAACUGAGUCAUUACAAAUAACUUGUCUAGUACAUCCGCCAAAUCGUUUGAAGGAAUGGUGCAGUGACUGCCAGGAGUCUUGUUGCAACGACUGCAUCGUCGACAAACAUCGUACACAUUCGACUGUGUCUUUUGAAUACAUCAAUAAAAUACAGGAGCGAGAAUUCCAGGAUGUCUAUAGUAAAGUCGGGAAGAUGAUGGCCGAAGUUCAAGAGGCGAAAAUGAAACUCAGAAAGGCGCUGACGGUCAUCGAUGAAAUUAAUAAUACGACGAGCGUUGAGGCCGAGAUUAAUACGCAUUUUGUUUUCCUGCAUGGCGUAUUGCAACUUAUUGAGGAACGCGUGAUAAAUGGAAUACAGAAGGAGAGUUCUAGAGCUAAAAAUGCUGUAUUGGAGAUUGAUAAAAAUUUACAGUCACUUGAUCUGCAGUUGCAGUCUGCUAUCCUGAUGGCAGUAGAAGCCAAAGAGUAUUCGAAAAAUAUGAACCAUCAAGUUGUCAUCGGGAAAUUGCGGGAACUUUUAUCUUAUCCCUGUCAUCUUGUCGAACCCGAUGAUUCUGAAGAACCUCAAAAAAUAUCAUUUUACACAAACACUGAACUGUUUGUCGAGGCGCUAAAGAAACACUGCAAUGUCAUGAUUCCAUCAUCUGUUGAUUCAUACAAAUUAGUGCCUCUUUCCGAGGUAGAAAAUUCUAUCAAUAUCAAUGGCUUCGUCUAUCCCGAUGUCCCAAAAUUAUUUCAUGACCAAGUAGAUGAUUCCCCAGAAUUAUCUCCAUCUUCCUCGAUAGUAUCUGACACAUCUAGAGCACAGUCUCCAGUGAUACAGUCAGAGACGGAAGACUCGGUGGCUGACUCAGAAAUAUCGGCGAUUAAUUCAACAGUUGAGACAUCGGCAGCUUCAAUGGCCAGCUUUCGGCAGACGGAAAGACAAAUAAGAAAUGGAACGCAAGUGGAGAUAACGCAUAUUAAAAACCCAAAGUGUUUUUACGCGCGUUUGAAAAGUAAUGAGGAUAAAUUUAAACAGUUACAAAAAUUUAUGAAGAAAUAUGACGAAAUUGAUGGGACUGUACCGAAAGAUGUUAAUGAAGGAAGUUUAUAUGUCAUAAGACGUAACAAAGAACCCCGAUGGUAUCGCGGGCGGAUCCUUGAAGCGCAAUUAGACCCCCCGUGCUUCUACCCAAUUUUCGAAGUCUUCGCAAUUGAUUACGGGUUCACCGAAAAAAAAGUUUCCAUCGCUAAUAUACGACUGCUGUAUGAAAAUUUAUCUGACAUCCCGCCUCUGGUUAAUCAGCACUCGCUGUAUGACAUUGAGCCGUUUGACGGCACGUGGUCCACAGAAUGCGUUCUUCAUAUGGAAGAAAUCAUUCAAUCAGCUGACAAUUUGCCGACUCUCUACAUGACGAAAUUUGGCUGCGAGGAUUUGAUAAUACCAGUGAGUCCAACUACAUUUCCGCUUUCGCUGCGCGAUGCUCUGAUAUUUCUGGGCUACGGUAAAUUCCUGUCGACUGAAAAGUUAUUCAGAAUAAAUCCAAAGGCUUCCAAUGCAUUUCAUCAUGACAUUUUGGUAACUGACCAGUACUUUGACGCAGUUUAUUUGAAUUCUUAUUCACCUGAUUGUAUUUACGUACGCAAGGCAUCGCACAAUGAGAAAUAUUUCAAAAAUAUGGUAGACAUAAUGACUGAAGAUUACAAAAGUACUAAAAAAAUUAAAGGACUGAUUUACAGUCCCGAGACUGGAAUGCAUGUCGCGGCUCCGUACAACAAAUUAUGGUACCGCGGUAUCGUAGUAGACAUCGUCGGCAUCCGGACUAUCCAAGUUUUGCUGGUAGACCUCGGGGUGAAUGUGAUUCUGGACUACACCAAAAUCCGUCGUCUUGAUUCCCGAUACACUCAAUCCACCAUACGGGCUAUAAAACUCCGGCUGAAAGAUGUCACGGCGAUCGAUCCCACAGAAGACUGGCCGCUGGAGGCGAAUACCGGGAUCGCAAAGUUUAUGACCUCGAACAUUCGUGUGGUUGUCUACGAGAAAAAAGUAUUUGACAACUUUCCCGAGUAUUCAGCCUCGAUAAUCAACAAACAACGACUAUCACUUGUCCACUAUUUGGAGCAUCUGAAUCUCGUCAAGCGCACUGCGCCUGCCGGGAUGCUGGAAAAAAUGGAGAGCCACUUCAAAGAGAUCGGCAACAAGAUCACCAAAACCAAUAAAAAUAAAAAGAAGAAGUCACGUGAUAAGACUGGUAAAAAAAUAGACUUAAAUCUGUCCUCGAUGACCAACAAGUCUGGGCAGAAGCUUCGCAAUCAUGUCAGAGAGGAAGAUCCCUACAAAAUGAGCGUAAAAAUAACUAUGAUUCAAUCACCAGACGAGAUCUACAUCACGCCAGCGGACAUGGAAUUCUGCAUCGACGACAUCCACAAGCAAAUGCAAUUUUUCUACAACAAUCAUCACACAGACGAUCAGAUUGAGCUGACAGUAGACACCGUCUGCGUGGUCUUCAACGACCACCAGAAACUUUACUACAGAGCCAAGAUUGUCGACAUAAAAUCCCCUGGCGAGGUAAGCGUUUUUCUUCUAGACGUGGGAGAGACCAUGACAGUGUCCUCGGACAAGCUCAAGACUCUGGCGGAUUCGCUCUACGAGAUACCGGCUUACGUUGUAAAAGUAAAGCUGGGAGGAAUUCUACCUUGCGGAGGAUCAUCCUCGUGGCCUUUGGCCUCCAUCCAGUUGCUGCGGGAGAUCUUGGAGCGAAACGGCGAGUUCUGGAUCAGCAAAGUCGCUGAAAUCGAGAAAGACGCGAUUGUCGUGGACAUGUACAUCCGGGAGGCGGUCAGUGAAAGCGCACUGGGACCCACUGUCAUGGAAACAAAUUUAGUCAACCGGAUGCUGGUUGACCACGGUCUUGCUUUGCCUGUCAAAGGUUUCAAUAACCAAAAACUUAAGGUACUCGCUGCGGAGCUGCAGCACGAGAUAACUGCGAGCAACGAUUUUUCCGGGUCCUCACGUGCCGAGAGUGAGACGAACGACGAUGACAAGGAUCUUGAUGAUGAAGAAGAUGAAGAGAUUGAGGACACCAAGUCUGAGGACAGCGACAAGACCAUCCAGGAGGAUCCAGAAGACCCAGAGUUCCUGGACCCGCCGUUCAAUCUCUCCGAGUCAUUUCCCAAAGACGUUCCUAGAUGGAAGAAAGCGGAGUCUAUUGAUGUCCCAGAGUCUUUCCUCGCGAAAGUUACUUACAUUGACUGGGACGGCUAUCUCUAUCUCCACUCGGUUGAAAAGAGUGAGUACCAGUUGCGGUGGAUCGAGAAGACCCUCGACACCCAUUACUCGGACUCUCAGCCAUCUGACGUAGUCUGGAGUCAAGGCGACAUGUGCAUCACCCAGUUCAUGGGAGUCUGGUCGCGUGCUGUGGUCCAUAAGGUUGAUAAAAAAAUAGCCGUCGAGUAUGUAGACUACGGCAACAUGGACUGGCAGGAUCCAAAGCUGCUCCGCAAGGAAUUGAUGCUCGAGAACAUCCCCCGGCAAGCGACCCGAUGCAAAGUCUACGGGAUGAUUCCUAAUACUCCAUCAGAAAUGUGGCGGACGGAAGAUCUCCAGAAAUUACACGUCUUGCUGGUAGACAAAGUCUGCAGGGUAACGAUCGUCGCUAGCUCGCCUGAGUUUUUAAUCAACGUUGAUCUACUGGAACCGGAGGAGUGCCAUCUUGUGAGAUACAUCCAGGAAAGAGGGCUCAUUAAUUUAAAGAGAGUUACGAUGGAGAAUCUUGACGAUGACUUGGCUGGUGAAGAAGAAGUUGGAAUCUACAGAGUAGCAAAUGGAGGCGGAAGUAUCAAGAUGAAUGUCAAUGGCAAUUGCAAUGGCAAUGGCAGUGACACAGAAUUCAGUUCUGACAAUGGCUCUGACAGGGACGUCGUCAUCUUGGCUGAACUAGAGAACGAAACGACUGAAACAGACGACGAUGACGAAUCCUGUUUCGCAAAUGCAAGUCCAGAACCCAAGUCAUCAAGAUUGUCUUGCACUCUUGAAGAACUUGUAGAUCAUGGUCUACCUCGGGAAAAUCUGAUCAUCGAUGGCCUGCAGCGGUACCCCAGGUACAUUUUUCCUUCAGGCAUAAAAGUCUUCAAUGCGGCACUCGGUCACGUCGACGCAUCGCAACCCAAUAUCGUGUACCUGCACCCAGCUACGAAUGCUGACUGCAAGUUGCUGAGCUUCCUGAGUUCCAAGUACUCUAAAUUAAGGGACGUGAUGAAAACCGAUGGGCGCAAAUGCCCCGAGAUGCAGUUCUAUGACGUAGGAGAUUCUUGCAUCGCUAUUUACUCAAAGGACAAUGACUGGUAUCGCUGCAGGAUUCUCACCGAGCCCAUGAGCGAUGGGUCGAUCCAGGUCGAGUACGUCGACUGGGGCACAGUAGACUGGGUCCGCGCCGACGAGAUACGUCAGAUCCAUCCCGACUGGGUGUCACUUCCGACCAUGGCGAUUAAAUGCAGACUAUGGAACACUCUGCCGACUAAAAAGUCUUCGUUUUGCAGAGAGUGGCUCACCAGAGACUCUCACCGCGUUACCCUAGUGGUCAAGGUCAAAGGACGAGAGGAUGACCACCUAGUGGUCCAACUUUACGAAAAAUUUGGUGAUGACCAACCGCCUGCUGAUACCCUCUUUUAUCAGCCGCUUAUUGACGGCGAGUAUUUUAAAGCCAACGUCAAAGACUUCUACUAAUUUUUUUACAGCUUACAUUUAUUUUUUUAUUUUACUCAUAAUUAAUAAUAAUUUACUGAUUACUGAUACUCAUUAGCUGUUAGUGUUGAUUACUCAGCCAAAAAUAAUUGACAUGAAAAUUUAUUUAAGUGCUCGCCGUUUAAACGAACGCGGGUUUCCCAACCGCCGAUUUUGAAAGUUUAAAAAAUUUUAUUUUUGGUUCAAAGUUUAAAAUUUUGAGAAAAUUUAAUAAUUAUUUUUUUUUUUAUUAUAAAAAUAUUUUAUGUUUGUUUAUGAAGUUUGUAAUGAGAAAGUUUAAAUUUUUUUUUUAAAUAUUUAAAUAUUUGAGCGGUAAAUUUAAAAUUUAAACGAAAGUAUUUUUCUACCAAAUAUUAGUGUAGAUUAAUAAUUAAUCAUUAAUAAAUAAUUAUAUUAAAUACUUGUCAGUUUAUAAUUACUGUUAUAAUUAA